AGCACUAGACUGACCAAUGACCAUUUAAAGGUCUGACUCAGAAAUUUUAAAGAAAUUAUUAAAUUACCGACAUAUAUGGAUAUAAUUUUAAUGUUCCAGGCGUAAAAUAAUAAAUAUCUGUACAUACUAAAUAAUGUAAAAUGGCUAUUAAUGUAGACAAGCACAAGCCGACGCUUGUUUCUGCGUGGAAAGAUGUCCUGGAUGAAAAUUCGGAAACCAAUUGGGCUUUGUUUGGUUAUGAUGGAAUGUCUAAUGAUCUCAAGUUUAUAAGUAAAGGAGAUGGAGGUCUGACAGAGCUUGUGGAUGAGUUUAAUAGUGGGAAAAUACAAUAUGCCUUCUUAAAAGUAGACAUUCCAAACAGUAGUAUAUCAAAAUAUGUGCUUAUCAACUGGCAGGGUGAAGGUGCACCAAUUGUUCGUAAAGGUACAUGUGCUAAUCAUGUCAAACAAGUUGCCCAACUAUUCAAUGGCUUCCACACAACAAUGCAUGCUAGAACUGAAGAUGACCUUGAUGAGAAGAUCAUAUUGGAUAAUCUGGCUAAAGCAGGUUCUGCUUUUAACUUUAAAUCAAGUAGACAAGAAGAACUACCACCCAGUGGGCCUGUUGGUACUGCCUAUCAGAAAGUCAAUCCAGUGCAAGAAAUUAAUUCAAAAGAAAGAGAUCAGUUUUGGAUGAAAGAGGAGCAAGAGGAAAAAAAACGCAUCGAAGCUGAACGGAGAAGAAGAGAAGAGGAGAAAAGGAAUGCCGAAGAAAAUGUUCGAAGAAGAGAUGAACGCGAAGCUGCAAAGAGAGCUCAGUCAGAACAGCUAUCAAGAGCGGAGAGUUCAGACGAGCGAGUGAAGUGUAGCGUGAGCGAGAGAUCUAUGGAGGCACGUGAGUUGAUCGGCGCUUCCACCGCCACGGCCCGACGGAUGUUCCAGCAGAACUUGGCGCAAGGACAGCUCACCAGGUCAAUGUCAAGCACACCAGAGAAGCCAGUAAGAAGUUCUGUCAUAGCGCAGCGGAUAAACGCUUUUUCACAGAAUAAUUCACAGCCAAACUCACCAACGCACAUACCUAAAUCUCCCCCCAUUGAUAACGCAAAAACAUCACCGACCAUUGAAAACAAUAAACUUUCAUCGACUGUAAAUAACACUAACUCAAUACAAACCAUAAACAAGAACACCUCCACCGGAGGUGAGUUACCGCCGAUAAAACAAGAAAGCAAGGACAAAUUAAAUGCAAAAGAGACCAUAGAUGAACCAAAGACAAGUCCUCUAAAGAACAUAGAUAAAAUCAAAAUGAGCUUAGAGAGUCCGUCGCAGAUUCAGUAUGAGCCAAUCAUAGAUCCGACAGAUCUGAGCCCCAGUAGUGAAACCGAGCCAAGCUCGUUCACAGCGAUCGGCUAUUCAGAUCUAAAACAAUGUGAACCAAUGAUAAAACAGAAUAUUUUGGAUAACGACAUAUUCGAUGCGUCGUAUUCGAGUUCGAACGAGAAUGAUGACGACGAUUCCGAUAACAAGUUUAGCACGAUAAAGCGUUCUCCAUACAGCAAGUCGAGUGAGAAUGAGUUGAGCAGGCAGAACACCGUGAUUGAGAAUGUACAUUAUAAGAAAGAAAAUGGCGCUACUCAUGAAGACAUAUCACCAGAGAGUAUUGAUGAGAGCUCCAUAUAUGAGGACUUGGAGGAUGAUCAUGGACUGACCGCACGAGCGCUUUACGACUACCAAGCAGCGGAUGAAUCAGAAAUAACAUUUGACCCUGGUGACAUUAUAACCAACAUUGAGCAAAUAGACGCUGGUUGGUGGCAAGGGAUAGGUCCCCAGGGACAUUUUGGCUUGUUUCCAGCUAACUAUGUAGCGCUUUUACCUUGCAACCCCCGUUGAUACUAUCCUGUGUCUUGUCUGACCCCUGCUAAUAUAAAUUACCCACUACCCUUCCAUAUGACUUUACUCAAUGCUUAUCUAAAUGAACUUGCUUUAUGUUCUCCUACUCUAUCUAACCCAGACAAUAGCUUAUAAUAUAUUAUAUAUUUUCUUAACACCGCCUCUGUAAGUAUUAUAUAUUCUAUUAAUAUCAUAAUAAAAUACUUAAUUUACCCCCUCUUAACCUUGUGAAUUGGUAUAUCACCAGUCAUGUUUUUUUAAGUUGAAAGUAUUUUACCUUUAUGUGUCUGCAUAGUCCCCAAUUUAAUUAUUAUUAUUAAAUUACUAUAUUUUAAGAUAUCCAGUUUGUAUAAGUUUACUUUGUUUUCUUGCAUUUUCAUGUUACAUAUGACAUUUAUAUUUUUUAAAAUUUGUACAUUUAAGACACAGCCUACAUUAGAAGUGUUUGGGUGUAGUUUAAAAAAAAUAUUUGCUAACUCUUAAAUGUAUAGAUUCGUCUAAACCUAGCUGUAAUAAUCUUAAGUUGUUUGUAUAAAUCGUAUUAUUAUAGUAUAUUAAAAUAUGGUAUUUUCUGGUAUGAAUAGGCGCGAUCUCAAGCCAUUUUGAUCUCACCAGACCGUUAAGACUCAGAAGGUUUCAGGUAUUAUUUCAGAUAUAAUAAAUCUAUGUACUGCUGUUUUGUACUAAGAACAAACCACUCAAAAUAUUAUAAAUAUUGCGAGUUAUAUUUGUUCGUCCAAGGGCUUUUCUAUAGGCGCAUUUCAAUCAAUCAACAUUCAAGUUUACUUCACGAACUGACUCAAAAUAAUCUGGGGUGCCAGAUUAGAAAAUAUUUAGAUAUAUACAGAAAUCAUCAUGUAACUGCACAUAUACAUCCUUCAAACCAGCACAUAGUUUCUAAGCUAAGAUGAGCUAAUAACAUCUGAGUAACCUCGUUAAUCCCGCCCAUUUACGGUUGUCAGUAAUUGAAUUGUAAACCACGUUUAAAAUUUCGCGCCAAAACUACAUUUCGUCUAACAUGACAGCUGUCCUUCAUUUAUUUACAAAUAAAUCGCUUCGUAUGUAUUGUGGUAUCAAUAGACAUAAUAUAAUGUAAGCGAAUGGUUUCUGAUACCACUGAUCGCAAAUUUUGUAAUAUAUCGCCUGUAGCGACCGGUACCGAUUGCUAAUGAUAUCAUCUUAUUACCGACGUUUCGUGACCUUUGCAGAGCACGAUUUCAGGGAUUUCAUAAUAAAAAAAUUAACUUUUUCGCAACAACUAAUUGUAAAGAUGCCGUUACAGUUACACUCGUUUAACCGCCAGUUGCAGAAAGCAUAUUUAAAGUUAAUGUUUCGUUAUAUCACAUGCUAUCUUUGACUGUCAAAAUGAAAAAGAAAGUGACUGUAUUAUAUUUAAUUAAACAUUAACUUUAUGGAUGCUUUGUGCGACUGGCGGUAAAUCCUUUAAAAGUAUUUUAUUUAAAUGUGUAAGACAUUAAAAUCUUCGUGAGACAACACAUAAAAACUUAUACUGUGAAUCGUGUUUAUCAUGUUGUCUUCAAGAAAUUCGACGCAAUGAUAAAAAUGUUCACUCAUUUUGAUUUUUAGCUUUGCUUUGACGCUUCAAUUAGUUUCCGAGAUAUGGGAUUGUAAACAUAUGCGCUUGGCGCGAGUUUCGACCGGCCGGUGCUUGCUACAUGUGACGUCAUAAGUCAACACUCGCGCAAUACUUUGCGCGCUCCGGUACGGGUCACUAGGAGAUUAAACAAAUAUUGUUUGGAAUGUUAAAUUUUGAUAAAAGAAAGUCAUGUGAUGUGCCGGAAUGUAAAAACCCCACCCCUUUAUAAGGAAAUAAAGGAGUGAGUGUUGACCUAUGACGUCACACAGCGGCUGCGCGCCUGCGCGGUAAAUAAAUGGGGACUUUACAUGUGUGUAAAAUCUAAACUAGUAGGUAUUUUGAAAUGAAACAAAGACCAGUGUAUUUAUAUACAUAUAGACUUUAUUGUGACAGUUUUAAGUGAUUUUGCAUACCCAUUAACAUUCUUCUUUGGCAACGUCAUGAUACCGUCGAGACUAACGUCAUGAGCGAAAUGGUUAGUCGUUCGCAGAUAAAGUCCAAGCUAAAGAAUGUAAAUACAAAAUGACUUAUUGAAAACAUUUUUAAUUACAUUUAUAUCAUUACCACCGAUUUUUAGAGCUGCUUAUCUUGAGAUUGAGAAGAAUCUUGAAGUUCUUUUUUUAAUUUAUUUUUCUGCCUGUAUAUGUAUACAAAAUCAAUGGUACAAUACUUUCUGCCUAGUUUUCAAGGUCGCGUCUAUUCUUAUUCAAACACCAUAUUUGAAAUGAUUCCAGAACACAGUGCUAUAUUGUAUGCAAUAAAUUUUUUGUUAAUUAUAGAUGUGCAGUUUAAUCCGUAAAUAUAUUUUGUUUUGUUCAACAAACUUCUGUAAGGUAGUGAGGGUAUAACCGAAAAGGCAGCAAAGACAAAAUUGCUGGUUUGCCCUAUUAUAUACGAACUUCUCUUUGUGAAGGCAAAACCUGCUUUUAACCUGAACCAUUCAAAUAUAGAUUAAACAAUAUAAUAUUAGAUAUGGUUUUGUCGAGUAACAACAUUUUUAAAUUGCAUUUUUUUAUUAUACUGCUAUUUGGACUGAUCCUUAAAUGCUUUCCAAGACUGACUUAUGUCAUAAAAAUGAGUCAAACCUAUGUAAUUACUUAGAAUAUACUUAAGUAUUAUAAAUUUAUUAGUUUAAUUAAAUUAUUUGAUUUGUGUGAUUCGGAUUCGUGUAAUAUAAUUAUUGUAGUUGAUAAUGACUAUUUGUAACCCCCAAAAUUGUGUCUUAGUAGGUAGUGCCAAUGCGAUUUGUACCCAAUUUUAUACCCAUUUUGUACCAGUUUUAUCUAAAAUCAAAAAAAAAUAUUCACUGCUAUUUUAAAUUGAAUUAUUAUCCUCUUAGUAAAUAGGGCCUCUUAAAUCGCAUUUAGUUUAAAACAAAAUUGAUGAGAACAACAUUAUUUUAUUUAUAAUCAAGGUUUUAGUUAAUUAUAAAUUCCGAACGAAUGAUGAGCUAAUGACCCGUAUAGGAAUUUCAAAUGUCAGUGUGUGUCAGUUGCAGUCCCUCAGAUAAAGAACCAGCUCAAGAUACCUUUACCUAGUUCUAUUGAAUCCUUUUCCGUAUUCUAAUCAGUACGGGCGAACAACAAACAAACUCAGUAAUCAUAACUCCGGCUAAUCGGCGUUGAACACAGAUCUACCCAGAAAGAUUUGGAAGUGCUGAAGGGACUAAAAACCUACAUUGAUAUAAUAAUUUUGUUUUGAGCAAGAAAUUAAUUUUUAUAAGUGCAAUAAUUUAUGGGAAAUUUAAUAUACGAAAAGCGGCGCCAAUUGGUCAAUGGCGACAUAUGUAAAUUUUCAACCAAUCAUCAUCCAUUAUGAAUUAUGACGUCAUUAUUCGUGCUAACCAAGCGCGUCAUAUUGCAGUAGUUUAAAUUAGUGUCUGCAUCGAUUUCUUAAAUACUUUAGUGUUUCUUUACGACGUUUCAUAUUUUUUAUAAUUAUAUAGCAAUGUUAACUAUCUAAAUACGUACAUUUAAUGUCAUUUGAUUUUAUCUGAUUUAGCCAAUUAGUAUGAUUUAAUAUCCCUCGCAAUUGCAAUUGAGAUUGCUGACACAUGACCCUAAUAAUUUCCGAAAGAUUUAAGUGAGUAUGAAUAUUAGAAAAUGUUUGUCCACAUUAAACUUUACAGCCUAGGACAUAAUGAAUAGUUGUUUUUUUUUUUACAAUUUUAACUCCACUUUAAAAGUUUUAAUUGUAGAAACGCCAUAAACAUGUCUUCAUUUUAUUCGGCAGAGCUGUUUUAUACUUCGUUUUGGUGGGCUCCAUAACGAAAUAUUUUUUGAUUAGAUUAAUAUAUUUAAAUAUGAAGCAUAUCGUUAUGAUUGUUAGUAAAUGUAUGUUUUGUAAAUAUCUAAUUUAUCAGUCUGUAACUACAAUUUUUCGGGUCGCUCAUUUAAUAAUGCGUUUAUAAAUUAUUUCAUGUUAACAGGUAUUCUGAAUUUGUAUUUUAGUUUUAUUUUUAAUCAUCAUUUUUCAAUUAUUUUGAAGCAACUGUGACAUACAAUGUGUAUGGUGCUCUGAUUUUAGUAUAGUGUACAUUUGUAUCCUAAAAUAUUUUCGAAGUAAACAAUAUUCAUUUUAA